AUGUCAGCUAUAUUUGAAUGGGCAUUCGGCAAGAAACUUACGCCGCAGGAACGGCUUAGGAAGAAUCAAAGGGCUCUUGAAAAGACUCAACGUGAAUUAACCAAGGAAGUCACCAAAUUACAAUCUCAAGAGAAGAAGUUAAUCGGUGAGAUUAAAAAGUCUGCCAAACUGGGACAGAUUGCUAGUGCUAAGAUUCAAGCCAAAGAUCUUAUUAGAACCAAGUCUUACAUAACCAAGUUCAAUUCGAUGAAGGCUCAGUUGCAAGCCAUUUCUUUAAGAAUUCAAUCGGUUAGAUCCAACCAGCAGAUGGCGACCUCGAUGAGAGAUGCUACGAGGGUUUUAGGAGGCAUGAACAGAUCCAUGAACUUACCUCAAUUACUGAGAAUCGCUCAAGAGUUUGCAAAGGAAAACGAUAUGAUGGACCAAAAGCAAGAGUUCAUGGAUGACGCUAUAGAUGAUGCGAUGGCAAUGGAUGAAGAUGAAUUAGGUGAGGAUGAGCAGAUAGACGAGAUCUUGAGUAAGGUAUUAGAUGAAAUUGGAGUGGAUUUGAAUACCAACUUGAAAGAUACGCCAACUCUGUUGGGAGUUGUGCCUGAAAGUGAAGUCAGUAACAAGAAGUUGGCUGAGCCAAUUGGGGCUACUGGGGGUAGUGACGAAGAUGAUUUACAGGCCAGAUUAGAUAGCUUAAAGAAGUAA